AUGGGACAUUCAAAUAUGUUUGUAGCAAAUAAUGCUGAUUUCAUGUGUAGAACACCAGACACAUUUUUAUUGCGAAGACCAUUCUUAUGUCUCAAUUUUAUCAUUUUUGCACAAGUUCUGGCCUCAGUUGUUUGUACAAACAUGACAGACACAAAUGAUACUGAUUAUGAUCGGAUAAAUGAUGUCACUAAAGCACUUCCAGAUCAACAGUUGUCUAGACAUUUAGAGUUAUCAUCACCAAAUGAUAUAAUCCUUGAGAAUACAUGGAGAUAUAGGUCAUUUCCAGGUAUAAAAAUACCGGUUGUUCGUUCCCCUCAUCCAACCUUUGGAUCACCAUGGCCAUUACCAUGGAGUUGGUCAUCAUCUUCAUGUUAUUAUAAUGUGGAUAUGCAACAGUUUCACUUUGAAUUCCAUACAAUUUCAAACGAGAUUCUACAAUCAGCUGUAAAUCGAUAUACGUAUAUGAUACGGAAUAAGCUUGGUUUUUCUGUGUACCCAAAUGUUUGGCGACAUAAUGAAAAGAGCUUAUUCAGUCAUUUCUCUGAUAAUUAUCAGUCGACUUGUGAAAAUUCUCCUGUAAAGAGAAAUCAGGAUUUUCGCGACAGUAGUUGGAAAAAAAGUUCAUCAUCAUUCCGAGCAAAUCGUCAUUAUUCAAGUAGGACUAAUAAUAACUCCCAUGAUACUAAUUUAAAAACUUCAAAUGAUAUAUCUCAUAAUUUUAUAUCUGAACAAAUGUCUCAUUUAAUUCGCAAGUACAAAUUAUCUGAACACAGUAUACGGCGUAGAGGAAUUCAAAAUUCUGCUUUGUUGCAUGUGAUAAAUCCCGAUUCAAAAUUGCCACACGUUAAUAUGGAUGAAUCCUAUAUCCUGGGUGUUACAGAAAAUGGCAUUUUUAUUAUUUCUAAUGAAACAUGGGGAGCUUUAAGAGGUUUAGAAACACUUAGUCAAUUAAUGUGGACUACGAAAGAUCAAUCUCAUGUUUUUCUUAAUCGAACGUACAUCGUCGAUUACCCUCGUUUCAAACAUCGUGGAUUAAUGAUUGACACUUCUAGGCAUUUUAUAAGCAAAUCUGUUAUUUUAUUGAACUUGGAAGCUAUGAGUUAUAAUAAAUUAAAUGUUUUACAUUGGCAUAUUGUGGAUGAUCAGUCAUUUCCAUAUCAAAGUGAUAUAUAUCCUGAACUUUCAGCCAAAGGUGCUUAUCGAGAAGAUUUAGUUUAUACAUCGAAUGAUAUCAAAGAAAUUGUGGAGUUUGCCAGAUUUCGAGGCAUUCGUGUUAUUCCCGAAUUCGACAUACCAGGUCAUACUCGAAGUUUGUCACUUUCUCAUCCAGAAAUUAUGUCAAAAUGUCAAUAUGAUUAUAAAAAUCUUGCAUAUUACGGCCCACUCAAUCCAGCUUCAAAUAAAACAUACGAGCUUUUAGAAAAUUUAUUUAACGAAGUUUUUCAAUUAUUUUUAGAUGAUUAUAUUCAUCUGGGCGGUGAUGAAGUAGAAACAAUAUGUUGGAUUGUCCUUAUAUACUUAUCUUCAAAAAGAAAAUUUAUUACUGAUCAAAUAAAAGUAGCAACACAAUCAACAAAACCGUAA